CUGAAUCUCCACCAUCCCGAACAUUUCAAUGUUGUUCGAGAAGGAGUCACAAACGCAACUCCCCCAUUCCACUCUUUUUCCUGUCAGAAUCAGCUCAGCAUAUCGCACAUUCGUCGCAUCUGCUGCGGCUGUGACUGAGAAGAGGCUGUGCUGUUGUCGCGUGACUCAGGCUCUGGAUGCUCUUCAGGUUGAAGCCACGCCAAUUCUCGACCGUCACAGCACUUCAAAGAUUUCAAUUACAGGUCCGGAAACGAACACCCACCAUGGCGAACGACUACAAGACCUCCAAGGGUCAAGUCUUUGACAGAGACACAUUUGAGUCCUGGAACAAGCGCAAGAACUUUUACUGGCAGUCUUUCGAGCCAUAUGGAGCCACAAAAGGUCUCUUUGACUAUGGAAUUGCCGAGCCCUUGGAGUAUGAGAUCCUCAACAUCUGGAGAGACCACUUCGUCCGCAGCGAGAAGAUGAUUUCGCUCAAGACGUCAAUGCUCACCCCAUACAAGGUCCUGAAGACAUCUGGCCACGUCGACAAAUUCGCAGAUUUCAUGUGCAAGGAUCCCAAGAGUGGUGAAAUCUUGCGAACGGACCACUUGAUCAAGGAUGUCAUUGAGACUCGCCUCAAGGGUGAUAGAGAGGCUCGCGGGGAGAAGGUGGAGGAAGUUGACGAUCCCAAGAAGAAGAAGAAGGCCUCCAAGGUUGCCAAGACUGCUGUGAAACUGGACGAUGCCGUUAUCAAGGAGUAUGAGCACUUGCUCGCUACACUGGAUGAUUGCCAACAAGAGGACUUUGCGAACAUCAUCAAGAAGCACGACAUUCGCAACCCAACUACUGGCAACGAGGUCGAGCCACCUGUUCCAGUCAACCUCAUGUUCCAGACCGAGAUUGGUGCAUCUGGUAAGGAGCCAGCAUUCCUUCGCCCAGAGACUGCUCAGGCCCAGUUUCUUGCGUUUCCAAAGCUCGUUGAGAUGACCGGUGGCCGUCUCCCAUUCGCCUCUGCAUGCAUUGGCUACUCAUUCCGUAACGAGCUUUCUCCUCGCUCCGGCCUUCUCCGUGUGCGCGAGUUUCUCAUGGCAGAGAUCGAGCACUUUGUGGACCCAGAGGGUGGCAAGAAGCACCCAAAGUUCUCCCGUGUCCGCGAUAUCAAGCUCCCUCUGCUUGCUCGUGAUGUGCAGCAAGCAGGUGGCUCUACACCGACUGAGAUGACGGUUGGUGAAGCUGUUGACAAGAAGGUCAUUGAUAACGAGACUCUGGGCUACUUCCUCGUCAGGAUCAUGCAGUUCAUGCAAAAGAUCGGUAUCGACAUGAGCAAGCUGCGCUUCAGACAGCACAUGGAAAACGAGAUGGCUCACUACGCGGCCGACUGUUGGGAUUGCGAGCUUCUCAACUCUUAUGGCUGGACAGAGUGCGUUGGCUGCGCUGAUCGUAGUGCGUUUGAUUUAAGCGUGCACCAAAAAGCUACUGGAGUCAACUUGCAGAUUCAAGAAACACUUCCAGAGCCAAUCAAGUCCACCGAAUGGGUCGCGCAGCUCAACAAGAAGAACUCUGGCCCUCGUUUCAAGAAGGAGGUUGGCAAGGUGCAGUCGGCCCUGGACUCCCUCUCGCAAGAACUGAGGGAAAAGCUCAGCAUCACGCUCAAAGAUGAGGGUAAGGUCGAGGUUGACGUGCCUGAGAUGGGCAAAGUCGAGCUGGGCAACGACCUGGUCAAGUUCGAGCAGGAAACCACCACAAGAACGACACGCGAAUUCAUUCCGAAUGUCAUCGAGCCUUCGUUCGGCAUUGGCAGAAUACUGUACAGUCUGCUGGAGCACGUAUGGUGGACGAGAGAGGGCGAUGCUGCACGUGCAGUCAUGUCCUUCAAGCCAUCAGUGGCUCCCACCAAAGUCCUCGUUGUCCCACUCCAGAAGGACUCCCGCCUCACUCCAACAGUGCAGGCACUCGAGGAGCGCCUUGACGAGGAGGCAAUUUCAUACGAACUCGAUCAAAGUGGUGUCAGUAUCGGUAAGCGCUACUCUCGUAACGACGAAGCUGGUAUUCCAUUCGGCAUCACUGUCGACUACGAAAGCUUGGAGGACAACAGCUUUACCCUACGUGAUCGUGAUACAACCAAGCAAGUUCGUGCAAGCCUGGACGACAUUGUGGAUGCAAUCCACAAAAUGAUCAAGGGCAAGGAGUCCUGGGCUGACGUGCAGAAGCGUCUGCCGGUGGUCGAGGCCAAGGAAGAAGACAAAUAGAUUGAGGCGUGACGAGCAAUGAGGAUCGAAAUUACGAGUGAUGGAGGAAGCAGCAUCGCGCUGUCCAGGCCUUGGGGUUGCACAGCGUUUCGACCUGAAAGUCGGUGCAAACGCCCUCACGGACCUGCAUCAGCGAGACGAAGUGCAGGUGUCAUGAUGAAGGUAGAUUGGCAUGACGGCCGACAUCUCGUGAUCUCCGGGCUGGCGGUGAAGAUGUUCUCAUCGCGUUCUCACCGCAUGCCUUUUUAGUACUUGACACCUUUGACCAUCAAUCAAAUAAAGUUCACUCGAC